UCUUUUGGUUCAUUCCCAAAAUUAAAAGUGCUGAUAAUAGAUAAUUAAAAUAUGAAAUUAAAUAUGAAUAUAUAAAUAUUGUAAAAAAUGCUGCUUAAAUUUCUUUUCUUUGGAGUGAUUGUCUUUGUGCUGAUUUAUUGGAUUUUACCCACAUGUAUCAGUUGGUAUCUUGUGAAGAAAUUCAAAGUUAAAGUGAAGAUAGGUCGCGUUUGUGUACUAAAUUUUGCUUUAAGAAAUGUUAACGUCAGCAAAAGUGGCUUCUCAGUGCAAAUUGAGGAAAUAUAUUUACGAAGUAGUAUUUUUAAUAGUGAUAGUAGUAAAUUUAUAGCAAUUUACGUUAAAGAUAUACGAAUCAACAAGGACAUCCAAAAUGGAAGUAAUGUGAACUCAGAUUAUGAAAACGAUUAUAAUGCACAGGCACAAAGUAAAAAGCGUAAGCAUAAUGUGCCCGAUUUUAGAUAUGCCACAGUACCACCGAGAGUGCUUGGCUUUGCACAGUUUAUGGCUGUGCAUAUGAAUAAUAUAUCUGUAGUCUUAAUGAACAAUGACUUUGAUCCUGGUUGGUUUAUACAUGCAACUGCUAAGGACCUACAUUUAGAUGGCAGUAUUGUACACAACUCAAAAACAUUGUUAGUCAAUGCUGCACUCAAUGAAGCACAGGCAAAAAUGUUACGCCAUUGUCCGACACGUCGUCAGAGCCUGGAAAACUUAAAUAAAAUACGCCCUUGCUUAGGUGAAAUAAGUUUUGAUAUUGCGCUCGACGUUACAAUAUGUGCACAAAAACCUUUGGCAGUAAAUAAUUUAUCGCUAGUAGUUAAUAAUGCUAAGUCAAUAAUACAUGGCGGUCUUUAUGACUUUUUGCGUGAGGCUAAAAAGCGUACUAACACUUCUACUAAUAAUGAAACCAAAAAAAGGCAAUUAAUUUUUUCAGAAGAAAUUCCUAACAAUCAAAAUAAUGAUUCCUAUUUGAAAAUCGCACCAAUUAUACCAAAAAAUUUUAAUUUUAUGGUGCAAGCAGCAACAUUCUCUACCAUGAAAGAGAAUUCACAAAAUGAUUUUAGUGCUAAAAUGCAAUUAUUUAGUAUAAGUGGCAAAUUCAAUGCAAAAUCUCCCUAUGAAGAUGCUUUUCUACCCACUCUGGUUACUAAGGUGCUACUACAACAUUUGGACAUUGACACAAAAUAUGAAAAACUCUUGUUUAUUGAAACGUUUUCAAUCGAUUCAUUACUGGACAAUGAUAUUCUUAAUCUCUUUAUUAAACUUAAAACAUUCCAAAUAAUAUAUAACCACACUGAAAUAUAUGAUUGGGUGCACGAUAAUUUACUCUCGACGGAUCACAACAAUCCUAAGUUCUUGCUGUUAAGUCAAAAACAAAAAUCUCUACCUGAGCAACAUAGCCAAGAUAAUUUUAAUAUUGGACGCACAAAUGAUGGUCGACAUUUAACCACUAAAGCAGAUUAUCGCCAACAGAGUUAUUUUGAAUCUAUAAUGCAGCGAAUUGUAGUCAAAGGGUGUGUUGAACUAUUUAAUGUAUCUAUGCUUACAAAACUUGAUGAUGAAAAUGCUGGCAUGAGUGUUAGUCAUGUUCGUUUGGUGCUCGAACAAUAUGAUGAUAAACGAAGUUCAGUUUAUAAAAAGAAAUUUUUAAAUAUGUUACUCGGCCAACGUCACUGGAGUACUGAAUUAAUGAUAGAGUCGCUAUGGUGGUCUUUGGGUUACUCUAUAAAUGAUACCAACAAUUUGAAAAAAUCCCAUUCCUUGGGCUCACCUUUUUUUCUUGGUGUCUGCCUCAUUAAAUUAAAUUCAUAUGCAAAUGUGACGAAGCUUGAGCUUUCUAUACAUACACUUCGUACAGAGUAUAGCGUUAAUUUAGCGCAAUUCCUAAUAAAAAGUAUGCAAUGCGUUCAACAAUAUCGUGCAAUAUUAAGCUGCGAUCAAACUAAAGCGUUACCCAUUCAGUCAGCGUCAACAUCAUAUGGUACAGCUUUACUAGUAUCUGUAAAAGUGAAAGAUAUAACAGCGUAUUUUAUAAAUCAUCACCAAGCGUGUUUGUUGCUUAGCUUUAAAGAAUUCACACUUACACGUACCCAACAAAUUACUCAUCUUAAGUUAGAGGAAUUUCAAAUGGCCAUUAUGCGUUCCAUGACAUCAUCAUCUUUAUGUCUAAAUGAUUUUACAGAUAUUUUUGCUAAUUGUAAAAUAAUACGCAUCGAGUUUGAGAAUCAUGAAAGUAGGAGCUCUAAACUAAUGGUUUAUAUUCCGGGCAAUACACAAGUCUUGUGGAAUUCAAAUUUUCACAUGCACGCUCUAACAUUGGCAAGAGAUAUGCAGAAUUUGGCUACACAGCUUGGUAUACCCAAGAGCGAAGAUGCUACCAGUAAGAACAAAACAAAGAAGAGUAUAAUCAUUGAAGUAUCGGCUGAGCGUAGCUCUAUAUUUGAGCUUAAACUAUCAGAUCGUCAUAGUAUGCAAUUGUUUUUCGAGAAUUUAUUCUUUAGGCAUAAGGAUGACAAUUUCAUCUCGGCUGAGAAUAUUUUUAUCAAAAUUGAUGAUCAGCACAUAUUUACUCUAAAAGACGUAGAUGUUCAUUCGUUGCCAAAGCUGGAUAUGUUAACACUUGCACGUGUCAAUUGUGAAGGGUUUUUGUUACCAUGCAAUAAGGUAUGGGUGACUACAAUCGGAGUGUUUAAGGCAAUAUUUCCCUAUGACCAUGACUUUUAUGAUGCCAUCAACAACCAAUUCGUUUCUCACUUUAAGUGGCUAAAAAUGGUACACAAUUAUAAGAAGAAACCAUUCACAGCGAGUUCACCAUUGCCAAGUGACUUAGUAAUACAGAUUAAAGAAUUCUUACUUGAAAUUAGCGAUGAUCCAUUUGAAGUGAAAUUACGUGAUAAUUACGUUUUGUUGUUAGAUGAGUAUUUGGAGAGUUUGAAACGUAGAGCUCUUUUCGAUAAAAAAAUUGCCGAGCGUUGCUCAGAAAGACUUUUGGUACCUGCUGGUACUAUUGAGAGUCUUCUCGCAAAUUUAGUCAAAAAGAAUUCAGAGAUUUAUAUACAACGGUCUAAAAAAAUCAAUGAGAAAGGACCUGUGCGAACGCGUCUUCUAGCUUGGAUAAUGACUGAUGUGGAGAUUAUGGCAAUGGCUGAUCCCUCAAUACAUGGUACAGAAAAUGUAACGCGUAUUAUGCGUGAUAUAGACUCUGAAAGUCCAUGGCCGGAGGAGGGCUUAGAAUUCACAACACUGUGGUGCAGAAGUAUCAACGUUAGUUGCUCUGAAUGGAAAUUCAUGUUAAGAGAUUUUCCGCAGCCUAUGUUCUAUGUAAAAGCAAUGCGUCUUUAUGGCAAUUUGUGUGGUGCUGAACAGGUUGCAUACAAACGAGCUAAACGUGAUGUUUUAAUAGAAGUUGGUCAUCCUUUUGAAACCGAUGUUGUGCAGCGCAGCAUGACGUCAUUAAAGUUUUACCAUGACUUUGAUUGCGAGUUGGAGUGUUGUAGUUAUGCUUUUGGCCCUUGCUGGGAGCCUGUGAUGGCGCAAUGUAAUCUUAGUUUUGAAAAAAUUUCUGCACCGUCUAAAGAUCCAAGUCCAGCACUACCGUUUUGGGAUAAAAUGCGUUUACUGUUUCAUGGUCGCUUGACGAUGAUUGUGAAGCAAUUUACAGUAUUACUGCAUGCUUCACUUGAUCCCUACAAUACAACUGAAGAAAUGGAACUAACGUGGAACAAUGCUGGUAUUGUUUGGACAAAUGCAAAAAUUAUGUUUAAAGGCGAGCUUAAUGUAACUGUGCGCACAGCUUCACGCUAUGAUGAUUGCCGUUUAUUACAUUUUCCUAAUUUAAAACUUACAUUUAAAUUGAAUUGGGUUUGUUUGGCUAAUCCCAACGAUCAUCAUGCAGUUAUGCCAUGUGCACCUGACAAGUUGCCUGAAUAUUCUAGCAAUCAAGAACAUGAUUCUUUUCGCGCAUUCCGCUCUCUCAAUUUGAAUAUUUGGAUAUCAUUUGAGACCAAACCAAUUCCAGGUGAUGAAGUUGAACUCGAUAUACCUAGUUUAUUAUUAUAUGGAAGUACUUUACGUUGGUUUGAGAGUCUGAAACUUAUCUUAUCGGGUGUUACUCGACCGACUAGGCGUGGUCCUGUUUUUAAUAAUGUGCGUCCACGCAAAAAGCAACUAAGUCGGCAUUAUAAAAAAGCCAAUUUGCAAAUGAGUUUACAUCGCUUUCAAGUUUUGUACUGGAUGUCACAUGCUUUGCAUAAGGGAUUUCAGUUAAAUGGUGGACGAGUUUCGUUUAGUUCAGAAUAUAGUCUAUCACUUUCUCCCAUUGAGGAUGGAUUAAUUCAUAGAGAUCGUGCAGAUUGGUCUACUGUGUAUAUGAAUUGUGAACUAAAUGAUGCAGAAAUAUGGUUAAAGAGCAUACUAACGGAGAAACUAGACAGUAGUUCUGAAAAUCUUGCUGCAGAUGCAUUCAAAAUUGUACGUUUUUACUUCUUAAGCGUAGCUAAAGUAUCUUACGGACGUGAAGCUGCUUUGUAUACAACAACUAACGAAGAGGAAGCGAAAACAAAAACUUCAACGCCUACACAUAAAUUAGUGGUUUACGAUUUGAAAGGUGCUUGGACAAAAAAUAAUCGAGACGUUGCUUUUGCACUUUUUGAUUCUUUUAUGAAGUCACAAAAACUAAAGAAUAAUCUUUCGACCGAAGCGGUGAAGAGCUAUCGAAAAGAAGGAGCAUCGUCUUUCAUAAAAAAUAAACGUAGCGAUAGCACAAUAACUUUAGCUAAUAACACAGCCGAAGGAAUACCCAUGGCUGCUGGUAAUGCAACUUUGAAGAAACCUCAACCCGCUAGUCAUGCAACUGCAAUGUUGCAGCAAUUGAUUGCAGAGGCAGAUCAUAAAUUUAAUGUUUACAGUGAUGAUCAAAAUACGCAAUCACGCGAAUUGCAAUUACAGGGCUUACAGGCUUGUUGUGCACUCGACGUCAUACACGAAAACUGGUCAAUAUCACUGGUGAAUUCUCAAGUACUCUUAAAAGGCUGUGAAACCUCAGGUUAUGUUAUAAUUAGUGCUGCGAAAGCAGAAAUUUUGCAACGUGUGCAUCGACCUGUAUGGCGUGAUAGAUCUUUGAUAUCAAAGACAACUUGGAAGGGUCUCUUGGAAUGCAUGCAGUACUACGCCACUGUUAGCGCUGGCGAAAACGAUUCAUUAUUAGAAAAAGAGAUUAUGUGGUUGACUGUAGAUAAUAUACAAGAUAAAGAUGAUACUGUUAUACAUGAUUUGCCGGAUAUACCGCACUUGGUGGGUAGUGGACGAAGUGUGGGUGGUGUUGUCUCAGAAACUGUGGGUGCUGCGUCAAUUGAACAUCCUGGUGAAACGCAACCAGUGCAAUUGCAACGUAUUGUAUCACGUUGUAAAUGUGAAUUUUUUUAUGUUAGCUAUGGUGACACUAUUGAUCCUAAUUCCAUAACUGAAGUGCCACCACCGCCAUCUGAAGAAACGCUUUCACCUUGGGAGAAACAGGAUGAUCCUGUAGAUGCCUUUACGCUUAUGCAUCAUGAUUUAGAUGUGUGUACGAACUCACUUCAGUAUGCUAUGAUAUUGGAUAUUGUUAACAAUUUAUUACUUUAUGUGGAACCACAACGCAAGCAAGCGCUGGAAAAACUCGCAAGAAUGCGCUUUCAAUUACAACUGCAUUCAAGUGAAGAUCAAAAACGCCCCAUACAACAAAAACAAACACUUAUACGUAGUUUGUUAAUGAAAAUACGUUCACUGGAGAAAGAUAUACAUUUGAUCAGUAAAGAACGCGCUGAAGAGGGCGAUACACUGGAGUUAAAGCUUGAAUUUGAAAGGGUGCAAAAACAAAUACGAGAAAGUAAAGAGGAGUUGAAUACAUUAAGUGAAGAAAUAGACAUGAUGUUACUCUGUUACAAAGAGACCCAACUAUCUCAACUUAGUAAAAUAUCAAAUGUACGUGCUGAUAAAUCUCUAACAAUUGUACGUGCAAAUGAAAUUUGUUUUAAGCGCGCUCAAUGGCGUCUAACUGAAACUGAUGGACAGAUCGGUAUUGCCGAUCUGGUGCUUAGUGGUUUCUUGUAUACCAAAAAAUCGAAAAGCGAUGACUCAGUGGAACAUUUACUAGAAUUAGGAAAUAUACGCAUGAGUAAUUUAAUACCACGUGAAAUAUAUCGUGAAGUCAUAAUGCCAACAGAAAUACAAAAGGAUAUGCCAGUGGAUACGCAUAAAC